GAAAAAGAAUCGCUCGGUUGUCUAACACGGAAUCUCAAGAUGGCGUCGAGUGGAGGAGAUGGAGAACCGGACUGGGCUGCUGAUGUACGGCCGCUUUUAUCAGCUUCGUACACAGCCUUUGAAACGAAAGAGCUACCUCAGCUUAUAGGAUCAAUAAUAAACAGUGAAUCUGAGAUCCUACACCAUGAUAAACAGUAUGAGCCAUUCUACUCGUCCUUCGUGGCGCUCUCCGCUCAUUACAUCACCACAGUCUGUGGACAAAUCCCCAGAAACCAGUUGCUGUCAGUAGCAGCAGCCUGUAAAGUAUUGAUUGAGUUCUCACUGCUGCGGCUGGAGAACCCUGACGAAGCAUGCGCAGUCUCACAGAAACACCUGAUCCUCUUAAUAAAGGGGUUGUGUACCGGCUGCAGCCGCCUGGACAGAACUGAGAUCAUCACCUUCACAGCCAUGAUGAAGUCGGCCAAACUUCCCCAGACCGUUAAGACACUCUCUGACGUGGAGGACCAGAAAGAGGUGCUGUCUCCAGUGAACCCUGAGCUGCGACACAAGGAAGUGCAGAUGAACUUCUUCAAUCAGCUGACCUCCGUGUUCAACCCUGACCUCACCGUGCUGGCCUCUCCCUCAGGACGCACACAGGCGGAGAGUGAGAGUGAGGACCAGGCGACGACAGACCAGACCUUCCAGGCCAAAAUGAAGAAUGCCUUUGUGUCCCAGAACGUGUCCAGUCUCCAGGAAUUGGGCGGGUCGGAGAAGUUGCUGCGUGUCUGCCUCAACCUCCCUUACUUCCUGCGCUAUAUCAACCGGUUCCAGGACGCCGUCUCGGCCAACUCCUUUUUCAUCAUGCCCGCCACCGUCGGAGACGCAACUGCUGUCCGCAACGGGUUCCACUCCCUGGUGAUAGAUGUGGCCAUGGCCCGGGACACCUUGUCCUUGCCUGUCCUGGAGCCCCUGACUCCUGGGAGACUUCUGGACAUGACUGUGUUGGCACUCAGCUGCCUCUACGCAGGUGUGAGCGUUGCCACGUGCAUGGCCAUUCUGCAGGUGGGCAGUGGCCUGCAACUUCGCACAGCCUCCACCAGCUCCAAAGAGGAGGACUAUGAAAAUGACGCUGCUACCAUCGUACAGAAAUGUCUGGACAUCUAUGAAAUGAUCGGCCAGGCCAUCAGCAGCUCCCGCAGAGCUGGAGGGGAGCAUUAUCAGAACUUCCAGCUGCUGGGAGCCUGGUGUCUGCUGAACAGCCUCUACCUGAUCCUCAACCUGAGUCCCACGACCCUGGCUGACAAGGGCAAGGAGAAGGACCCUCUGGCCGCGCUCAGGGUCCGAGACAUAGCCGCCCGCACCAAGGACGGAGCAGGCUCCCCUAAACUGGGCCCGGCCAAAGGACAUCAAGGCUUUGGUGUCCUGUCAGUGAUCCUGGCGAACCACUCCAUCAAACUGCUCACCUCCCUUUUCCAAGACCUGCAGGUGGAGGCUCUGCACCGGGUCAGUGCAGGUUGGGCCAGUGACGGUCCCCCAGCAGAACUCAACAUCAUGGCGCAGAACACCUCCACCCAGAGGGUUCAGAGACUCCUGGACUCUGUUCCCCUUACCAACCUGCUGUUCAACCUUCUGUCCACCUCGUACAAGAAGGCCUGUGUCCUGCAGCGUCAGAGGAAAGGCUCGGUUAGCAGUGAUGCCAGUGCCUCGACAGACUCCAACACCUACUAUGAAGAUGACUUCAGCAGCACAGAGGAAGACAGCAGUCAAGAUGACGACAGCGAGCCCAUCUUGGGCCUGUGGUUCGAGGAGACCAUCUCGCCAACUAAAGACAAGGUGGCUCCCCCACCACCUCCCCCACCCCCGCCCCUGGAGACCUCUCCCAGACUGAAGAGCCCCUCCAAGCAGAACGCAGGAGAGAACGGGAACAUCCUGGCCGGACGCAAGGACCCCGAGCUGUUCCUGAGCCUGGCCUCCAGCAUCCUGAACUUCAUCACCACCUCCAUGCUAAAAUCCAGGAACAACUUCAUCAGGAACUUCCUGUCUGUCUCCCUGACAGAACAGCACAUGGCCACGCUGGCCAGCAUCAUCAGGACGUCGACAAAGACGUCAAAGGUUGGUUCCUCAGAUGAAGAGUUUUCCUCUGCUCUGUAUCUCUUCAACCAUACGCUAGUGACAUCAGACCUACCCUCUCCAGCCCUGCAGAAUACCCUGCUGCAGCAGUUGGGCGUAGCUCCGUUCUCUGAGGGUCCGUGGCCCUUGUACAUCAACCCCCAGUCCCUGUCGGUGCUCUCCAGAGUCCUGCUCAUCUGGCAGCACAAGGCCUCUCUGCAGGGAGACCCAGAUGUACCUGAGUGUAUAACGAUCUGGGAGAGGUUUGUGGGCACCUUGAAGCAGCACACCAUCCAGGGCUCUGUCCCCGGAGAUGAGGACCUGAAUGUGGAACACCUCCAGCUCCUGCUGCUCCUCUUCCACAACCUGUCUGAGAAGGGGAGGCGUGCCGUGCUCACCCUGGUCACCCAGGCCAUCACAGAGGUGGCGGGUCCCCAGCAUCAGGAGGCCCAGCUCAAAGCCGUACCCCUCAACCUGGCCCGCAUACUGCUGGUUCUAGACUACCUGUUGCACCAGUACUCUAAGGUUCCUAUGUACCUCUUCCAACAGGUCCAGCACAAUCUGCUGACCCCUCCGUGGUCAGGCCAGGGUUCAGUCCAGGACGGGUCCAAACGCAGCGCCCUGCCGCUCUACUGCGGCUUUAAAGAGGUGGAGGAGAACUGGUCUAAGCACUGCUCGGCAGGUAGGAAUUCCACAGUAGUGCAGCCCAAAUUCUACUGCGUCCUGUCACCCGAAGCGUCAGAGGACGACCGAAGCCGACUCGACAGCAAGGUGUUCCAGAAGCUGUUCAACGGAGCGGUGAAGUAUAAUGAGCUUUACGCCUGUCUGGUCUCCCUGCUCUCUGCCGGCUCUCAGUUUGAUACAGCCAGGAGACAGGAGAACAAGCCCAUCACACCUAUGGAGGCAUGCUCCCUGCAGUACUACUUCCUGGUGCUGUGGAGGAUCCUGGGGGUCCUACCCCCCUCUAAGGCAUACAUGGAGCAGCUGAAGGAUGGCCAAGGAGAACCCAGCGAGAGUGACAUCCUCCACACCCUGCGCUGGUCCUCACGACUCAGAGUCCCCACAUAUGUCAACUGGAUCAAGGAGCAUCUGGUGACUCAGGGGAUGAAGGGAGACCAAGCUACGUCUCUGAUCGAGGUGGCUUCCUCCAGAUGCAACACCGUCAAGUACGACGUGGAGCUGGCUGAAGAGUACAUCGCUAGACAGAUCUCAGCGUUCUCCUGUGUGGACCCCAGCUCCAUCCUGCCCUUGUACCAGGUCCCCUCCCUACAGGCCAUCUAUACUCUGGACGCCGUCAUCUCCAAGGUCCAGGUGUCUCUGGACGAACAUUUCUCCAAGGUGGCGGCGGAGACGGACCCUCUCAAGCCCUCGGAGAUCACCAAAAACCUGCUGCCUGCUACACUUCAGCUCAUAGACGUGUACACGGCCUUCACCAGGUCCUACCUUCUGAUGAGCCUACCAGAGGAAGGAGAGAACACGCUAUCGGAGGCUAAACUUCAGGGUUACGCUGCAGUACUGUCUAUAGGCUCCAUGCGCUGCAAAGCCAACCUGCUCGGUCAGAAUGUGAUGCAGAACCUUCCUGUCGGCCGUCCAGACUCUCGUCUCUUCUCUCAGCGUAAUGCGUUCGCCAACGACACCAUCCCGUCCGAGAGCUACAUCAGUGCCAUCCAGACGGCUCAUCUGGGCACGCUCAGUAACCAGUCCCUGGCUCUGGCCUCGUCUCUCAAACACAUCCUCCUCUCUCUGGUCCGCCUCACCGGAGACCUCAUUGUGACUGAGGAGUUGAACCCUCCCCAGGUGGUGCAUGCCCUGCUCCCCCUCCUCUUGGAGAGCAGCACGGAGAGCGUAGCUGAGAUCUGCUUGACCUCUCUGGAGCGUAUCCUGGGCCCCGCUGAGUCAGACACCUUCCUGUCCCACGUCUACCAGAGACUGGUCACAGGAUGCUACAACAUCAUCGCCAACCACUCCGACCCCAACAGUGGUCUGGAUGAGUCUGUGUUGGAGGAGUGUCUGCAGUAUCUGGAGAGGCAGCUGGAGAGCAGCCAAGUGUGCAAGGCCAUGGAGGACUUCUUCUCCUGCAGUGGAGAACUGGUUCAGAUCAUGAUGGCUACAGCCAAUGAAAACCUAUCUGCUAAAUUCUGCAACCGGGUGCUGAAAUUCUUCACCAAACUCUUCCAGCUCACGGAGAAGAGUCCCAACCCCAGCCUGUUGUGUCUGUGCGGCUCCCUGGCCCAGCUGGCGUGUGUGGAGCCGUCCAGGCUGCAGUCGUGGCUCAGCCGCAUGACGGCCACGCCACCCAAGGACUCGGAGCAUUUGGAGACGGUGCAGGAGAACAGGGCGCUGCUACAGGUGCUCACCACGCACAUUGUCAGGGACAACAGCCAGGUGGGCGAGGGCGUGUGCACCGUCCUGCUCUCCACCCUCAUCCCCAUGGCAACGGAUAUGCUGGCCAAUGGGGACGGCGCUGGCUUCCCGGAACUCAUGGUGAUCAUGGCGACCCUAGCCAGCGCCGGUCAGGGGGCGGGGCAUCUGCAGCUGCAUCGCGCCGCCAUCGAUUGGCUGACCAGAUGCAAAAAGUACCUGACCCAGAAAAACGUUGUGGAGAAAGUGAGCGCAAACGUGUCCCAGGGAAAACAUGCCAGCAUACUAGAGUGCUCCUGCCAUAUCAUCUCCUACCUGGCUGAUGUGAUGAACGCCCUGAGACAGAGCAGUGGCCAGGGCUCCUCUGUGCUGCUGGUUGAUGGAGAGGAGAAGGCUGUAGAGGUGGACUCAGACUGGGUUGACGAGUUGGCUGUGGAGGACGAUGACUCACAGGCUGAGGACUCUGAUGAAGACUCCCAGUGCAAUAAGCUGUGUACCUUCACCAUCACCCAGAAGGAGUUCAUGAACCAGCAUUGGUACCACUGUCACACGUGUAAGAUGCUGGACGGGGUAGGUGUGUGUACAGUGUGCGCCAAGGUCUGUCACAAAGACCAUGAGAUCUCCUAUGCCAAAUACGGCUCUUUCUUCUGUGACUGCGGGGCCAAGGAGGACGGUACCUGUCAGGCCCUGGUGAAGCGCAGCCCCAGCAGCGGCACCAUGAAGGAGUCCUCAGCCUUCCAGAGUGAACUGAGGAUGCCUGAGAGUGCCAUCCGCCAUCAGAGCAGCCUGGGCUCUAGCGACAAGGACAAGGUGACCAUCUGUGAGGGCAAGUCUGGCGACGAGGACCGUCCCAAGAAGAGCAGCGUCUGUAAGAACAUCGAGGGAUGUCAGGAGGAACUGCUGGCACAAGUGUCUGGCUCCUCCACUGCGGCCGUGGUUCUGGAGAUGUUGAUCUUCCUGAUGGAUGCCAUCCAGACUAACUUCCAGCAGGCCUCCGCUGUAGGCAGCAGCAGCCGAGCUCAGCAGGCCCUCAACGAGCUACACACUCAGGACAAGAGUGUUGAGAUGACUGACCAACUGAUGGUCCCUACCCUUGGUUCCCAGGAGGGAGCUUUUGAGAACGUGCGUAUGAACUACAGUGGAGACCAGGGCCAGACCAUAAGACAGCUCAUCAGUGCCCACGUGCUGCGACGCGUCGCCAUGUGUGUGUUGUCUUCGCCCCACGGGCGCCGCCAGCACCUCGCCGUCAGCCACGAGAAGGGCAAGAUCACCGUCCUGCAGCUGUCGGCUCUACUGAAGCAGGCCGAUUCCAGUAAGAGGAAGUUAACCCUGACUCGUCUGGCCUCGGCCCCCGUCCCCUUCACCGUGCUCAGCCUCACUGGGAACCCCUGCAACGAAGACUAUCUGGCUGUCUGUGGACUCAAGGACUGCCACGUGCUGACGUUCAGUAGUACAGGUUCAGUUUCAGAACACCUGGUGCUGCACCCUCAGCUGGCUACUGGGAACUUCAUAAUCAAGGCUAUCUGGCUGCCUGGCUCCCAGACGGAGCUUGCCAUCAUCACAGCGGACUUCGUCAAGAUCUAUGACCUGUCAGUGGACGCUCUGAGCCCUGUGUACUACUUCCUGCUGCCGAGCUCCAAGAUCCGUGACGCCACCUUCCUGUUCAACGAGGAAGGGAAGAGCAUCAUCGUCAUCAUGUCCUCUGCUGGCUACAUGUACACACAGGUCAUGGACGAGUCUUCCAGCGCCCAACACGGACCCUUCUAUGUUACCUCAGUCCUAGAGAUCAGCCACCAGGACCUUAAGGACAGUAACGGUCAGGUUGCUGGCGGCGGUGUAUCGGUGUACUACAGCCACGUUCUCCAGAUGCUGUUCUUCAGCUACAGCCAGGGCAAGUCGUUCGCUGCCACCGUCAGUCGCAGCACCACCGACGUACACAGACUCUUCACCAUCAACGUCAAAGGCUCUAAUGGGGGCAGUAAGACGUCUCCAGCUCUGUGCCAGUGGUCUGAGGUGAUGAACCACCCAGGCCUGGUGUGCUGCGUCCAGCAGACUACUGGUAUCCCUCUGGUCAUCAUGGUCAAACCUGACACCUUCCUCAUCCAGGAGAUCAAGACCCUGCCCGCUAAGGCUAAGAUCCAGGACAUGGUAGCUAUCCGUCACACAGCAUCUAACGAGCAGCAGCGAACCACCAUGAUCCUGCUGUGUGAGGACGGCUCUCUGAGGAUCUACAUGGCUAACGUAGACAACACCUCCUAUUGGCUCCAGCCCUCCCUGCAGCCCUGCUCCGGCAUCUCCAUCAUGAAGCCUGUCAGGAAACGCAAGGCUGCUGCAGCAACCACUCGUACCUCCAGUCAGGUGACCUUCCCGGUGGACUUCUUUGAGAGUAACCAACAGCUGACGGAGGUGGAGUUUGGAGGCAACGACCUCCUGCAGGUUUACAACGGACAGCAGAUCAAACACAGACUCAACUCCACUGGGAUGUAUGUCGCCAACACUAAGCCGGGAGGCUUCACCGUGGAGACGGUCAACAACAACAUCUCCAUGGUGAUGACAGGCAUGCGGGUGCAGGUGGGCACGCAGGCCAUCGAGCGGGCACCCUCCUACCUGGAGAUCUUUGGGCGAACCAUGCAGGUGAACAUGACCCGGCCCCGCUGGUUCGACUUCCCCUUCACCAGGGAGGAGGCUCUGCAGGCCGACAAGAAACUCUCCAUCUUCUUCGGAGCUUCAGUUGACCCGGCGGGUGUCACUAUGCUGGACUCUAUAAAGAUCUAUGGUAAAACCAAGGAGCAAUUUGGCUGGCCUGACGAGCCCCCCGAGGACUUCCCCUCGGCCUCCGUCAACAACGUGUGCUCUCCCAACCUCAACACCGGCAACGGCACCGGCGAAGGGGACAUCGCCGCACCAGCCUCCACCGGCGGCACCGUGCUGGAGAGGUUGGUGGUGAGCUCCCUGGAAGCUCUAGAGAGCUGUUUUGCUAUGGGCUCCUCCAAUGAAAAGGAGAAGAACAAGGCUGCGGCGUUGGAGUUAGCGACCCUUCUCCUGUCCAUGGCUACUCCCUCUGGGGUCCAGCAACAGACCAAGGGCCUCCUGGCCAGCCUGCACACCAGCCGUACGGCCUACCACAACCACAAGGACCAGUCCCUGUUGAGCAACGCGGUGCAGUGUCUGAACAGCUGUAGUCGUGACAGCAGAGACCUGGACCCUGAGUUGUUCCAGCGACUGGUGAUCACGGCACGCUGCAUCGCCAUCAUGAGACCCAGUAACCUGGUGCACUUCACUGAGACCAAACCUUCUAGUGUUGAUACAGAGAUGACUGAGGAGGGCCAGAAACAGAUGGACAGUGAGGGAUGUAACUUCAUCAUGCAGCUGGUCAAUAACUUCUGGAAGCUCCAUGCCCUCAAACCAAAGAACGCUUUCCUGGCCCCUGCCUGUCUGCCAGGUCUGACCCACAUUGAAGCUACAGUGAACGCAUUGGUGGACAUCAUCCAUGGGUUCUGUACCUGUGAGCUGGACUACAUUAACGUGGCCUCCAAGAUCUACAUGCAGAUGCUCCUGUGUCCCGACACGUCUGUUAGCUUCGCCUGUAAGCAGGCCCUGAUCCGAGUACUCCGACCCAGGAACAAACGGCGUCACGUGACUCUUCCUUCUCCCCCUCGCUCCAACACACCCAUGGGAGACAAAGACGAUGAUGAUGAGGAUGAUGUUGAUGACAAGAUGCAGCCGUCGGGGCUGACGGGAGGAGAGGGGGGCAGGCAGGAGAGUCAGGAGCAGGGUGAGGUCGACCAUGGCGACUUUGAGAUGGUGUCUGAGUCCAUGGUUCUGGAGACGGCGGAGAAUGUGAACAAUGGAAACCCAUCUCCCCUGGAGGCUCUUCUGGCCGGGGCCGAGGGCUUCCCCCCGAUGCUGGACAUCCCCCCAGACGCGGACGACGAGACCAUGGUGGAGCUGGCCAUCGCACUGAGUCUCCAGCAGGACCAGCAAGGCAGCAGCAGCAGUGCCCUCGGUCUCCAGUCUCUCGGUCUGUCAGGUCAGGCUCCCAGCUCUUCUUCUCUAGACGCAGGCACCCUGUCAGACACCACCGCAUCAGCCCCAGCAUCAGACGACGAGGGGAGUACAGCCGCCACGGACGGUUCUACGCUACGGACCUCUCCGGCCGAGCACGGGGGCAGCGUGGGGUCAGAGAGCGGGGGGUCUGCCAUCGACUCAGUGGCAGGAGAACACAGUGUGUCGGGCCGCAGCAGUGCAUACGGGGACACGACCGUUGAGGGCCACCCAGCAGGACCAGGUAGUGUGAGCUCCAGCACAGGGGCCAUCAGCACCACCACAGCCCAGCAGGAGGGAGAUGGAUCGGACGGAGACGCAGAGACAGAGGGGGACAUCCACACCAGCAACAGACUCCACACAGUGCGUCUGAUGCUGCUGGAGCGACUCCUACAGCACCUGCCCCAGCUGGACAGUGUAGGAGGAGUCCACGCUAUCCCUUACAUGCAGGUGGUCCUGAUGCUGACCUCUGACCUGGAUGGAGAAGAUGACAAGGACAAGGGAGCUCUGGACGACCUGCUGGCUCUACUCAUCGCCGAGCUGGGCAUGCACAAGAAGGAUGUGUCCAAGAAGAACGAGCGCAGCCCCAUCAACGAGGUCCAUCUGGUCAUCAUGAGACUGCUCUCUGUGUUCAUGUCCAGAACCAAGUCUGGAUCGAAGUCUUCCUCUGAGUCGUCCUCUCUGAUCUCCAACGCCACGGCCACAGCCCUGCUCAGUCAGGGGGCGAUAGACUACUGUCUCCACGUCCUCAAGUCUCUGCUGGAGUUCUGGAAGAGCCAGCAGGAAGAGGAGGAGUCUGUGGCAGCCUCCCAGCUCCUCAAACCUCACACCUCCUCCUCUCCUCCGGACAUGAGCCCCUUCUUCCUGAGGCAGUAUGUCAAGGUAAGAGGAAACCCCAAAGCCGAUUUCCAAAAACGUAAUCUUGUUGAGUGCAGCCAACAAACUGCCAUACUGUACUUCCUACUACAGGUCAGCUUCCUGGUAGAUGAGGGAGUGUCUCCGGUGCUCCUCCAGCUGCUGUCCUGUGCUCUGUGUGGCAGCAAGGUCCUGGCUUCCUCUUCCUCCUCCUCUUCCUCCGGAGGAGGGUCUGGGGGCACUGGGACUCAGUCCUCUCAGAGCAAGUCCUCAAGCAAGAAGAAAAAGGAGGACAAGGAGAAAGACAAAGAAGGUGACGGUGUGGGUAGCCAGGAGGACCAGCUGUGUACCGCUCUGGUCUCUCAGCUCAACAAGUUUGCCGACAAAGAGACUCUCAUUCAGUUCCUCCGCUGCUUCCUGCUCGAGUCCAACUCCUCCGCCGUGCGCUGGCAAGCCCACUGUCUCGCACUGCAUAUCUACAGAAACUCCAGUAAGUCUCAACAGGAGCUGCUGUUGGACCUGACCUGGGCCAUCUGGCCAGAGCUGCCCGCCUAUGGGCGCAAGGCCGCUCAGUUCGUAGACCUGCUCGGCUACUUUUCCCUGAACCCCCAGACCGAGAAGAAGUUGAAGGAGUAUUCCCAGAAAGCUGUGGAAAUCCUGAGGACCCAGAACCACAUUCUGACCACCCACCCCAACUCUAACAUCUACAGUACUCUGUCAGGUCUGGUGGAGUUUGAUGGUUUCUACCUGGAGAGUGAUCCCUGUCUGGUGUGCAACAACCCUGAAGUGCCCUUCUCUAACAUCAAGCUGUCGUCCAUCAAGGUGGACACCAGAUACACUACUACCCAGCAGGUGGUCAAGCUGAUCAGCAGUCACACCAUCAGUAAGGUGACGGUGAAGAUAGGAGACCUGAAGAGGACCAAGAUGGUCCGGACCAUCAGCCUCUACUACAACAAUAGGACUGUACAGGCCAUCGUAGAGCUCAAGAACAAGUGAGUUUACCGGGCCCGUUGGCACAAGGCCAAGAAGGUCCAACUGACUCCAGGUCAGACAGAGGUCAAAAUCGACCUGCCGCUGCCUAUCGUGGCGUCCAACCUCAUGAUCGAGUUCUCCGACUUCUACGAGAACUACCAGGCGUCCAGCGAAACGCUCCAGUGCCCGCGAUGCUCUGCCUCCGUGCCCGCCAACCCUGGCGUCUGUGGCAACUGUGGAGAAAACGUCUACCAGUGUCACAAGUGCAGGUCCAUUAAUUAUGAUGAGAAGGAUCCGUUCCUGUGUAACGCCUGUGGGUUCUGUAAAUACGCCCGCUUCGACUUCAUGUUGUACACCAAGCCCUGCUGUGCUGUGGACCCGAUAGAGACCGAGGAGGACAGGAAGAAGGCGGUGACCAACAUCAACACGCUGCUGGACAAGGCCGACCGCGUGUACCACCAGCUAAUGGGGCACAGACCUCAGCUGGAGAGUCUGCUCAAGGUCAACGAGGCAGCGCCUGAGAAACCACAGGAUGAUUCUGGAGCAGGGGCGGGGCUUGGAGCGUCCUCGGCCAAUGUGAACAGGUACAUCCAGCAGCUGGCUCAGGAGUACAGCGGGGACUGUAAGACUUCCUUUGACGAGCUCUCCAAGAUCAUACAGAAAGUCCUGGCGUCCCGUAAAGAGCUCCUGGAGUACGACCUGCAGCAGCGUGAAGCCGCCACCAAGUCCUCACGCUCCAGCUCCCAUCAGCCCACCUUCACAGCCAGCCAGUACAGAGCCCUCUCUGUGUUAGGCUGCGGACACACCUCCUCCAACAAGUGUUAUGGCUGUGCCUCGGCCGUGACGGGUCACUGCAUCACCCUGCUAAGAGCCCUGGCCACCAACCCAGCCCUCCGCCAGAUCCUGGGGCUCCAGGGGCUCAUCAGAGAGCUGUUUGAGUACAACCUGAGGAGAGGCACCUCUGCCAUGAGAGAGGAGGUCAGACAACUGGUUUGCCUGCUCACCAGAGACCAGCCAGAGGCCACUCAGCAGAUGAAUGACCUGAUCAUUCACAAGGUGUCCGCUGCUCUGAAGGGCCACUGGGCCAAUCCUGACCUGGUCUCCAGUCUGCAGUAUGAGAUGCUACUGCUCACCGACUCCAUCUCCAAGGAAGGGGGCUGCUGGGAGCUACGACUGCGAUGUGCCCUGAGUCUGUUCCUGAUGGCUGUGAACAUCAAGACCCCUGUGGUGGUGGAGAACAUUACUCUGAUGUGUCUCAGGAUCCUACAGAAACUCAUCACCCCUGCCCCCACCUCCAAGAAGAACAAGGAUUCCGCUGUGGAGUCUCUGACUACAGUGAAGCCCUACUGCAAUGAGAUCCAUGCUCAGGCCCAGCUCUGGCUCAAGAAGGACCCCAAAGCAUCGUAUGAAGCCUGGAAAAAGUGCCUUCCAGCAAGAUGCCAGGAGACGGCGUCCAAGCCCCAGAACAAGGCCGAGGUGCGGAGGCGUUACCUGAUGGAGAAGUAUGUGUGGAAGUGGAAACAGUUCAUGAGGUCACGCUCCGAGGGUCUGUUCCCUCGGCUCCUCAAACUGGGACACAACAAUUGGCUCAGACAGGUGCUGUUCACCCCAGCCACCCAGGCAGCGCGGCAGGCAGCCUGUACCAUCGUUGAGGCCCUCACCUCCAUCCCCAGCCGCAAGCAGCAGGUGCUGGACCUGCUUACCAGUUACCUGGAUGAGUUGAGCAUCGCGGGGGAAUGUGCAGCUGAGUAUCUGGGUCUGUACCAAAAGCUCAUCAAGCCUCCUCAAUGGAAGGUGUACCUGGCUGCCCGAGGAGUCCUGCCCUACAUCGGAAACCUCAUCACCAAGGAAAUAGCCAACCUGUUGGCUCUGGAAGAGGCCACGCUCAGCACAGACCUGCAGCAGGGAUACGCCCUCAAGAGCUUGACUGGCCUACUGUCGUCCUUUGUUAAUAUGAUUACCUAUCCCCGUGCGUGUCUUCUAGGCCUACUGUCGUCCUUUUUAGAUAUAAGCUCAUCGAGGACCCAGGACAUGCUGCUGGAGAUGCUGGAGGACAUGACCACAGGGACCGAGUCUGAGACCAAGGCCUUCAUGGCUGUGUGUAUUGAGACAGCCAAGAGAUACGACCUGGAUGACUACAGAACACCGGUGUUCAUCUUUGAGAGGCUCUGCAGCAUCAUCUACCCGGAGGAAAACGAGGUGACAGAGUUCUUUGUUACCCUGGAGAAGGAUCCUCAGCAGGAGGACUUCCUGCAGGGCCGUAUGCCUGGUAAUCCGUACAGCAGCAACGAGCCAGGUAUCGGACCCCUGAUGAGGGACAUCAAGAACAAGAUCUGUCAGGACUGUGACCUGGUGGCCCUGCUCGAGGACGACAGUGGCAUGGAGCUUCUGGUGAACAAUAAGAUCAUAAGUUUGGACCUGCCUGUGGCCGAGGUUUACAAGAAGGUGUGGUGCCCUACCAACGAGGGAGAGCCCAUGAGGAUCAUAUAUCGUAUGAGGGGUCUCCUUGGAGACGCUACUGAAGAGUUCAUCGAGUCUCUGGACUCUACCACAGAUGAAGAGGAGGAUGAGGAGGAGGUGUAUAAGAUGGCAGGAGUGAUGGCUCAGUGUGGGGGACUGGAGUGUAUGCUCAGCAGACUGUCUGGCAUCAGGGACUUCAAACAGGGAAGACACCUGCUCACUGUGCUGCUGAAGCUGUUCAGUUACUGUGUGAAGGUGAAGAUCAACAGACAACAGCUGGUCAAACCAGACAUGAACACGCUCAACGUCAUGCUGGGCACACUCAACCUGGCGUUGGUUGCAGAGCAGGAGAGUAAGGACAGUGGAGGAGCGUCCAUAGCAGAGCAGGUCCUCAGCAUCAUGGAGAUCAUUCUGGAUGAGGCCAACGCUGAGAUCUCAGAGGACAAGGGUAACCUGUUGUUAACAGGGGACAAGGACCAGCUGGUGAUGCUGCUGGACCAGAUCAACACUCCGUUUGUCCGUUCCAACCCCAGCGUUCUGCAGGGUCUCCUACGUAUCAUACCAUACCUGUCUUUUGGAGAACUGGAGAAGAUGAGGAUCCUAGUGGAGAGAUUUAAACCGUGCUGCAGCUUCGACAAGUACGAUGAAGAGCAUAGUGCCGAUGACAAGGUCUUCAUCGACUGCUUCUGUAAGAUUACUGCUGGCAUCAAGAACAACAGCAACGGACACCAACUCAAAGACCUGAUACUGCAGAAAGGGAUCACCCAGAGUGCCCUGGACUAUAUGAAGAAACACAUCCCGAACGCCAAAAAUCUGGAUGCCGAUGUGUGGAAGAAGUUCCUGUCUCGUCCAGCUCUACCCUUCAUCCUCAGACUGCUCCGAGGCCUGGCCACCCAGCACCCACCUACACAGACGCUAAUCGGGACAGACUCCAUCACGAACCUUCACAAGUUGGAGCAGGUGUCUAGUGACGAGGGUAUUGGGACAUUGGCAGAGAACCUUCUGGAGGCGCUGAGGGAGCACGCGGAGGUCAACCUGAAGAUAGAUGCCGCUCGCAGGGAGACACGGGCCGAGAAGAAACGCAUGGCCAUGGCCAUGAGACAGAAAGCUCUGGGGACACUGGGCAUGACGACCAAUGAGAAGGGCCAGGUGGUGACCAAGACGUCGUUGUUGAAACAAAUGGAGGAGCUGAUAGAGGAGCCAGGACUGACCUGCUGCAUCUGUAGAGAGGGAUACAAGUUCCAGCCGACCAAGGUGCUGGGGAUCUACACAUACACACCCUUUGUACACCCACACCAGGGAUACAGCACUGUGUCACACUUUAACAUAGUCCACUAUGACUGCCACCUCGCAGCUGUCAGGCUUGCUCGCGGGCGGGAGGAGUGGGAGAGUGCUGCGCUGCAGAACGCCAACACCAAGUGCAAUGGACUGCUUCCUGUCUGGGGGCCUCACGUCCCAGAAUCGGCUUUCGCCACCUGCCUGGCCAGGCACAACACAUAUCUGCAGGAAUGUACAGGGCAGAGAGAGCCCACCUACCAGCUCAACAUCCACGACACCAAGCUCCUGUUCCUGCGUUUCGCCACGGAGCAGUCCUUUAGCGUGGAUACGGGAGGGGGAGGACGAGAGAGCAACAUCCACCUCAUCCCUUACAUCAUCCACACCGUGCUCUACGUCCUCAACACUACUCGGGCCACCAGUCGUGAGGAGAAGAACCUGCAGUGUUUCCUGGAGCAGCCGUGUGAGAAGUGGGUGGAGAGCAGCUAUGAUGUGGACGGUCCCCACUACUACACAGUGUUGGCCAUGCACAUCCUGUCUCCCGAACGCUGGAGGAACACACGACUCACCUUCCUACGCAGGCUCCUCGUCUCCGUGCACGCACGCAAGGUCUCCGCCGUCUUCACCAACAAACUCCCAGAUAAACAGUCCAAGGAAUAUGCAGUGUAUCGGUCUCCUCUCCUCUUCUGGGGUCUCGUGGAACUCAUCUAUGACAUGUUCAGGAAAGUACCCACCAGCAACACGGAGGGAGGCUGGUCCUUCUCGCUGGCAGAGUACGUGCGGCACAAUGACAUGCCCAUCUACGAGGCCUCGGAGCGGGUGCUGAAGUCCUACCAGGAAGAGCUGAUGCCCGCCGAAUCCUUCUCCGAGUUCCUGGAUGUCGUUGGGCUCCUCUCUGACAUUCCGGACCCAGACCUCUUCCUCCAAGACCUGCUGAGCUCUGUUCCCUGAUGGUGUUCAGUACCACCCUGCCGCCCCCCCCCCGAGACAAGAGCCCCACGAUGGGGGACGACGAGGGCCCACACAUUGGUCCUGCUAACGACACCUCCAUGGGACAACUCUCAACCGGAAAACCCUCUCUCCCCAACUUCUCCCUAGCUUUCUGUCACACACACACACACACACGCGUGCGCAUACCGUAACAGAGACACACACACACACACGCAUACUGUAACAGACACACACACCUGUUUCCUAGUCUCCACCAGAGGUUUGAUCCUCUGCAUCAUAUUCCAACUGUUAACUCUCUUGAAGCAGAUCUUGUAUGUGCUGUCUGAGUCAGGAGUCAGUUGGUGCAUUUAUGACCAUGUUGCUGUAACAUUUAACACACACGGUAAACAAACCCCAUGCUUCUCUCAAAUAUUACCCACAAAAAAAUGUCUGGGUUGCAAUCUUCAAGUAACUAAAAAAAAAAUGUUUAAAAAAACCAACAACAUUGUUUUGAGAUUCGAUCGCAGUGUAUUAAGACCUGUGUUUUUCUUUGUUUUGUUUUAAGAAGUUUAAGAUGGAGCUCUUUUUGUUUUCGUUUGUCAUGACAAUUUAUUUGGUGUUUUCAAAAACGGAGGCAGGAAGGAAAGCUUCGCAGUAGGAUCUUGACUUAAAAUAAACUAACCGUGUUGUCAGAUACUAUUCUCCUGACUUUACCCUGGGUGCCAGAUCUCUCUGUGCUGACAGUAGAUCUGGAAGGAAAAUGUACUCAUGUAGGGUUGGUUUCUCUUCUCCGGUGACAAGAAUCAGAUGAAAUGAGAAAAGAACAACAACGAAAAUCUAUCUGUUGAGCCCUCCCUCCCUCCCCGGUAACUCGAGUUAUAAUAAUCCUGAUUGGUUAUUCAUGCUCCAAUGAAACGUCACCAUUUUACGACAUUGUCCCAAAAUGAAUAAUAACUAACAAUAAAAAAACGGGGCCUUUGCAUCCUUUCCUUUGGAUUCGACACACUUCUCUCUCAUUAUGGUGUUAUUGUUUUCUGGUAGAUUUUUUUUGUUGUUUCUGGUAAAAAAAAAAAAAAAAAAAAAAGGUGUCGCUGAGUUCUUCAAACCUUGAUGAUUUAAAUGGAUGAAUUACAUCUCUUUAAUAUAUAGACGCCCGCGUCCAUCGCGACACGUGAAAACGGAGUCUUCAGAGCUGAUGGUGUGGAGUUUAAACAUUUUAAAAUAGCCCAAUUUAUAGUGUUCCUUUCUCUCGUCGGCCUAUUACCGCUGCUACAAUGUUCAACUGUUGCUGAAUGUCUGCUUUUUGGGGGGGGUUAGCAAUGAUUAAUAAAGUCGUGAUAGUAAUUCCACAUCCA